CGAUUUCGAUACAAAUAAAUGGGAUUAUAACACCUUUGCUUCAAACUGGUAUUAAGCAUAUUUGAAAUUCAUCGUAAUGACGAAAAAAUGAAUAAAAAUAGCAUGGAAAAUUCACAUAAUUUUUCCGAAAAAAAAUUGAUUACGAUUAAUUUGGAACCCAAAACACAAUACAAACAGAGAUAGUCAUUGUAAACAUGGUGGUCUAGUUGAUGCAGUAGAAAGAGAGUGGUGUCUAGCGACUCAAGUUUGAUCUUGUCAAUACUUUUCAGAUCGAGAUGUUGCCUUGUGCGUUUACGCCUCUCGUCGAGCUUGUCACACACGGUAUGUUCAGUGCGUUUAUCUAGUACAAAUAUGGCUAUGUUUUUUUUUAAAGUAUAGAUAUACACAUAUAUAGUUAUCUAUUCAAGAGUUUAUGUUUUGGAUUGACAUUGCCUAUGUUUAUUAAUAUUGUUAUUCCAAGGCAGCCAACUUAUAAAUUAAAAGGCAUAGCGCAUACUUCUCAUGCAGAAAACGUGUUCAACACCCCAUGCAAUAAAAAAAAAUAGUGGACCUUAUCCAACAUCCUUAAACUUGUCACCAUUUGUCAAUACUAUGAAUCUCAAAACCCCAACACCAACAAAACAAUUCACUAUUAUUGGCACUUUCCCUUUUGUUCCUCCUCUCCAAACCCUCCUAUGUUCACAAUCUUCCAUUUCAUCUCCCUCUUUCAUUCUCUCAUCAAAGAGGCCAUCUUUUUUACCUUCAUUUCUCCGUGUCCCUCGGCCGGGCGCGCACCACCACGUGCGCGCACCACCUCCACCACCACCACCACCACCACAGCCACUAAUCAUCAUCAUGGCUCCAAAACAAAUACAUUACUAUAAUAUUCUCUCGUUUUUUACGAUCAUAUUCUUCUAUUCUCUCGCGAUGGUAUCUGGCGAAUCAGAUGCCGAGAUUCUCCUCAAAUUCAAGGAAUCUCUCGAGAACACGGCUGUGUUGUCGAACUGGGACAACGCCACGUCGCCCUGCAAUGCCAGCUGGCACGGGAUUCUAUGCGAGAAAGACCGGAUUUGGGCGAUCAAGCUCGAGCAUGCGGGAUUGGGUGGAGUCAUCGAUGUGGAGACACUUAUGCAAUUGAAGGAUUUGAGGAGUAUAAGUUUUAUGAACAACGAUUUCGAGGGGUAUUUACCGAAUUUUACGAGAAUGGGUGUGCUGAAAACGGUGUAUUUGUCGAACAACAAGUUUUAUGGGGAUAUUUCACCCACCGCCUUUUACGGGAUGAAGUCUUUGAAGAAACUUCAUCUGGCUAACAAUUCGUUUACGGGUUCGAUACCUUCGACUUUGGCCACGUUGCCUAAGCUCAUGGAGUUGAUGCUCGAAGACAACCAAUUUCACGGCGAGAUACCACGUUUUCGACAGAAUGGAUUGAAGCGAUUCAGCGUGUCGAACAAUGAUUUGGUGGGGGAGAUUCCUUUUACCCUUAGCCAUUUUAAUGCUUCUUCAUUCUCUGGCAACUCAGAUCUAUGUGGGGCGCCGCUGAGUCCAUGUGCGGCCAGAGAACACCUCUCGGUGGCAACAAUAGUAAUCGUGGCGGUGCUAGUGGCGGCAGCAUUGGCUGCGCUUUUGGCAGUAGUCUGCAUCCUCCUCCGGCGCAAGAAAAAUCCACCGACCGACCAACCAGGGGGAGCCUCCCAAGGAGGCCAGCAGCGUAACAAAGACACCAUGGCGGCGGAGUUAGACAGAAUGGAGAGGGGGGGCGGCGGCGGCGGCGGGUCGUCGUCGUCACCGGAUCAGAACGGGAAGCAGGGGGUGAGGCUGACAUUCCUGAGAGAAGGCGGCGAGAAAUUCGACAUGGCGGACUUGCUGAAGGCGUCGGCGGAGAUUCUGGGAAGUGGGGCUUUCGGGUCGACUUACAAGGCGGCGCUGAACGACGGGAACGUGAUGGUGGUGAAGAGAUUCAGGCACAUGAACAACGUCGGAAAGGAAGAGUUCAACGAGCAUAUGAGGCGGCUCGGCCGGCUGAGCCACCCCAAUGUUCUUCCCAUCGUCGCUUUCUAUUACCGGAAAGAGGAGAAACUCCUCGUCGCCGAUUACGCCGAGAAUUUCAGCCUCGCUUUUCAGCUUCAUGGCAAUCGAUCUGUGGGGCAUCCCUGUAUGGAUUGGGCAACACGUCUGAACAUUGUGAAAGGAGUUGCCAAAGGGCUACAGUACCUCUACAACGAGCUGCCGAGCUUGACGGCGCCGCACGGCCACCUGAAAUCAUCCAACGUUCUUCUCGACGGCUCUUUCAGACCUCUCCUCGCCGACUACGGCCUGGUCCCCGUCGUCAACCAGGAGCACGCUCAGGACCAGAUGAUCUCAUACAAGUCGCCGGAGUACAAGGCCAGCCGCCGGAUAUCCAAGAAGACCGACGUCUGGAGCCUCGGGAUACUCAUCCUCGAAAUCCUCACGGGGAGGUUUCCGUCGGACUUGCUGCUGCAGCAGGGCGGCGGCGGCGGCGGGGAUGUCGACUUGGCGACGUGGGUGGAGUCGGUGAUGAACGGCGGCGGCGGUGGACUGGAGGUGUUCGACGGUGACAUGGCGGCGGGGACGAGCCAUUACUGCAAGGGGGAGAUGAUGAAGCUGUUGAAAGUAGGGUUGAGUUGCUGCCAUGCUGACGUGGACCGGCGGCCGGACAUUAAAACAGCGGUGGAGAUGAUUGAGGAGGUCAACGACAAGGAUGCCGACGACGACUUCUAUUCCUCGUACACCAGCGAAACCGACAUGCGUUCUUCCAGAGGAUUAUCUGAUGAUUUCAAAAUGAUUAAUAUUUAAUAGUACAGUUAAUUAUAUUAGCUAGUUUUUUAAUUAAUUAGCAUUCAUCAUAGGAUUUGUCUUUUUUUUUUUU